AUGGACGUCCCCAUCGAAAGCAUAGAGAAGUUGGAUCUUUCUAGAAGAGAAAUACAAUAUGACGCCGGCGAUUACAGGAACCCAUCCAACUUCAUCAAGACGAUGACGCAGCGUGACCUGAAGAACAGGACUUACGAAAUACUUCUUAAAAUAGCGAAGAAAGGGAUCGAUGCGGACAACAUUGUGAAAAACGAAGGGCUGAUCCACACAAUGGAUUUUGUUGAUCUCCUUAACACGAUGUCGCAGUUAACCUACGAAUCCUUCAAGAGACUAUUCGAUGAACUGGUCUUCGGCACCAGCUAUGACCUUGAAACAGCCCGCAACAUUUUUUUGGAGGUUUUGCCGCACGGUCGCAGUGACGCUUGUGCAAGAUUUGUCAAGUAUUUGGUUAUUGAACAGAAGGUAAAGAUUUGA